UUCAGCCGCUCGAUCAAAAUCAAUGGUUAAAAGGCCCGCGUCCACUGAGGUCCAUUGGUAUACACGUGACACCCACUCACUUUCUCCCUCUCUUUCUCUGUGUUCCUUGUGCAAUCCCGUCGCUCUGCUCGAAACGCCGUCGUAACAGCUGUUUCAAACAAAUCAUGCAGAAACCCUAGAAUUUCAAAUUCGGCCCAAUUUCUCGUAGACUGAAGAAUAUUGUUGCUUUUCUCGUAUUGAGCUUGGAUCACUGGUAUCUGUCUCUGGUGUCAUGUACGGUUUAUUCAAACUACAUAUGUUUUGAGUUUUGUGGGUCAGGAGGAGUUUGAUUAAUGAGAAUAUCCAAGUCAGAGACAUCUGUAAGCUGGAGAAUUUGCAGGUUUGAAGUUUCUAAGUAGCAGUCUGGAAGUCAGGAAUUAAUGGCGGUCUUAAGAGUUCAAAAAUAUUCAAAGUAAGUUUACGGCUAUGGAGUUACCUGGGUCUCCGAGAGCUAGAUAGAUUUAGGUGACGUGAAGCUGUGAAAAAGGUGUAAAAAGAUGCAGUAUGCUUAUGAUGUUGUGCAGGUGAUAAAAUUUUGUGAUAGUGGGAUAAAAUGGUUCCUAUAUAGACAUUGAACUGAUUGAUAUGGAGGAGAGGAACCUGGUGCAACGUGGGGGAAUCACAGAUGAUGGUGAUGAUGAUUCUAACUAUAGUGGAGAAAUGGAUGCUCUUGGACACUCUCUGGUUCAGGAUGAGGAUGGGAUUUUUGCUGAGCCGCAUGUGGGAAUGGAAUUUGAUUCUGAAGAUGCGGCUAAGAUGUUUUAUGAAGACUAUGCUAGACAUGUGGGGUUUAGCACUAGAGUAAACUUUAAUCGGUCAAAGGCUGAUAGGAUGGCAACCUCCCGGGAAUUUUUGUGUUCUGGGGAUGGGUUGAAAAAAAGAGCUGGUGAGAGCUGUCGAGCCAUGCUUAGAGUCGAGUCAAAGUGUGAAAACAAAUGGGUUGUGACAAAAUUUGUGAAGGAGCAUAGUCACACCAUUGUAAGUCAUAGUAAGGUGCAUCACCUCAGGCCUAAGAGGUAUUUUGCUGCCACAACAGAGAAUGUGCCUGAAACUUUCCAUGGUGUGGAUAUAGUUCCCAGUGGCACGAUGUAUGUCUCUGUGGACGGAAACAGUGUCCCAGCAGAAAUGAACCAUGUGGGGAAAAAUAUGCCUGCUUCACGGUUAAAUCAGUCAGUUAAAAAUAUUAGUGCAUUAGGCUAUACAGAGGGAUAUUCGAGUCGGAGAACAUUAGGUCGGGAUGCGCAGAAUCUCCUUGACUAUUUUAAGAAAAUGCAGGCUGAGAACCCUGGAUUUUACUAUGCUAUACAACUCGAUGACGAGAAUCGCAUGGCUAAUGCAUUUUGGGCAGAUGCUAGGUCAAGGACAGCUUACAGUCAUUUCGGAGAUGCUGUUACUCUUGAAACAACAUACAGAACAAAUCGAUAUACUGUGCCAUUUGCUCCAUUCACAGGGGUGAACCAUCAUGGUCAGAUAAUUUUAUUUGGUUGUGCACUACUUCUGGAUGAAUCCGAAGCUACAUUUGUGUGGCUAUUUAAGACAUUUCUGGCUGCAAUGAAUGACCGUGCCCCUGUCUCUCUGACCACAGAUAAGGACAGAGCCAUACAGGCUGCAGUUACACAGGUGUUUCCAGAAGCCCGCCAUUGUGUAAACAAGUGGCACGUACUAAGAGAAGGUGAAGAAAAAAUGGCUCAUGUAUGUCUUGCUCAUCCUCAUUUCCAGGCUGAGCUCUGUAACUGCAUUAACAUGACCAAGACCAUUGAGGAAUUUGAAUCAUUUUGGACCUCUAUCCUUGACAAGUAUGACCUGAAGAGAAAUGAUUGGCUUCACUCAAUAUAUGAUGCCCGGAGGCAAUGGGUGCCUGUUUAUUUUCGAGACUCUUUUUUUGCUGCCGUAACUCCCAGUCUGGGAUUUGAGAGCUCAUUUUUUGAUGGCUAUGUAAAUCAACAAACUACUCUGCCAAUGUUCUUUAGGCAAUAUGAAAGAGCUUUAGAGAAUUCAUUUGAGAGGGAAGUAGAAGCUGAUUUUGAUACAAUAUGCACCACCCCAGUGCUGCGGACACCUUCUCCUAUGGAGAAACAGGCUGCUAACUUGUAUACAAAGAGAAUAUUCUCAAAAUUUCAGGAGGAGUUAGUUGAGACAUUUGUAUAUACUGCAAAUAGAGUUGAUGGAGAUGGGCACAACAGCACAUACAGAGUUGCAAAAUUUGAAGAUGACCACAAAGCCUAUUUUGUGUCACUUAAUAUUGCUGAAAUGAAAGCAAAUUGUAGCUGUAAGAUGUUUGAGUACUCUGGCAUCCUAUGUAGACAUGUUUUGACAGUUUUUACUGUAACUAAUGUACUUACCUUGCCAUCCCAUUACAUCUUAAAGCGGUGGACAAGAAAUGCCAAAACCAUGGUUGUAGCUGAUGAACACAGUGAGAUACAGGUUCAUGAAUCUCUGACAACAAGAUAUAACAAUUUAUGCAAGGAAGCAAUCAGAUUUGCUGAGGAAGGGGCUAUAGCAUCAGAGACAUACAUUUCAGCACUUGUUAGUCUUAGAGAAGUGGGGAAGAAGGUUGCUGGUGUUAAAAAAAGUGUAGCAAGAGUUGCACCAUCUAGCUCACAGGUUAGUGGAAUUGGUUAUGAUGAUCGGAGACCAUCCAUUGUGAAACCAGAAAUGACUCCUUUGCUGUGGCCACAACAAGAUGAAAUAGUACGACGCUUUAAUCUUAAUGAUGCUGGUGUUCCUGGUCAACCUAUUUCCAAUUCCAAUGUCCCACGUGUGGGCUCUCUUAAGCGUGAUGUUGGCCACACCGAUAACAUGGUGGUUCUUCCUUGUCUUAAGUCAAUGACUUGGGUAAUGGAGAAUAAGAACUCGACUCCAGCUGAUAGGGUAGCUGUAAUUAAUCUGAAGUUACAAGACUAUGCCAGAACUCCUGCAGGAGAAUCAGAGGUCAAAUUUUCACUGUCAAGUGUCACACUGGAGCCCAUGUUGAGGUCUAUGGCCUAUAUCAGUGAACAGCUCUCCACCCCUGCCAAUAAGGUUGCUGUCAUCAAUCUGAAGCUUCAAGACACAGAGACGACUUCUGGAGAGUCAGAGGUGAAAUUUCAGGUGUCCAGGGAUACUUUAGGUGCCAUGUUGAGAUCAAUGGCAUACAUACGGGAGCAGCUGUCAAAUACAGUUGAGCCCAGACAAGAUAACCCAACAAAAAGGCUGCGAAAGUAGAUACUUUCUUACUUCUUACACACACACCAAAGCUGAGGUAGUAGAAAUUGGAUUCUACUUCCUCAUUGAACAUUCGCCACCUAGUUAUAUCUGGGAUCUCAGGUCUUCAAGCAAGCUAGUCGUUUUCGUCUCCCAAUCUAAUCGCAUUCACCGUCCUGUCUGUAAAUGUAACUUCUCUUUAAACAGGGCAGAGUUCUUCUCCCUGAAGGUCCAGGUUGUAAGAAUAUUAGAUGAAAUCGUUGUACAUGUAUUUAGUCGGUUUUGUAGGAAAUAGUAAAGGGUGAGUCUUGUCUUGUUCAUGAUAUUUUAUACCAGAGUGAGUAGCUGCACAUAAAUGAUUCUAUGAAAAUGGGAUUUUGUGAGUGCAA